AUGGCAUUCCAGCCCUCGCCGACAGAUGUCUCCGUCAUCAUAACCACGCCCAGUACGGCAACUGGUUCCGAACCGCGCUUCCUGACGGAGCGUCGUGUCACUCCGACUUGGACUGUCCUGCAGCUGAAAUCUAAGCUGGAGACGAUGACUGGCAUCCCCACGAGCAGCCAACAUCUACUAUUGAAGGCACCCGGACGUGCUGAUCAGUGGGUAGAUGGAGAUGACGGUAUCAUCGGCAACUGGGGUCUCAUGAAGGGCUGUGAGAUUGAGGUUCACGAUACCCGCCCUCAAGCCGCACGGCCUAAUUUCAACGAUUUGUCCUCCGUGGAGAAAUAUGUCCUCCCCUCAGCCACGUAUGAGUCACUUCCAAACUCGGUUCUAGCCUGGAAAAAGAACCAGAAACUCGGUAGAUUCGACCCAAAGGCUCUGUCACCGAAGGAAUCGAUGCAAAAGCAGGCAGAGAAAGAUAGCGAGGAUGUUCGCGUUCGGGGCAUCGCCGUCUCCCGACGUGCUAUUAUUCUUCCGUCAUCGCCCCCACACGUUAGGCGAGGCACAAUACGCUAUGUUGGGCCAGUGCCUACGAUACCUUUCUCUGGAGUGGAUGUCACAUCCCAAGAAACUUCCAACUCUGGUCCCCAACCUAUCUGGGUAGGAAUCGAACUCGACGAGCCUACUGGAAAGAACGAUGGUAGCAUAGGUGGCAGACACUAUUUUACUUGUCCCAACAAUACGGGCGUCUUUGUGAAACCCGAGAAGGUGGAAGUGGGAGACUUUCCCCCAUUGGAUUUGUUUGAUGACAUGGACGAUGAAAUGGAGGAAAUAUGA